GAUUCAGUCCUGACCCUAAUCUCUCAUCCCCUGCAGCUUCCUUCUUUGGAGAGAACCACCUGGAGAUGCCCUUAGAUGAAGACCUGAGUGAGAUUCGAGUGAAACUUCAAUUCCUUACAGCCCAACCAGACGCCCUUCUCCUCCUAUUAGCUGGCCCAACUGACCAUCUCCUAGUGGAACUUCGCUCCGGCAGCCUGCAGAUCCGACUAGCCCAGGGAAAUGAAGAGGCCCUGCUGCAGUCCCCUGAAGAGAUGCCACUCAAUGACUUGGGGACCCAUGAUGUGGAGGUGACAAUGGCCGAUGGCCAGGUCUCCCUGACAGUUGAUGACCUCUUCAAUUCUUCUACUACCACCCUUGAGGCUCCCUUGCAGGCCUCCUAUGGCGUCUUCGUGGGAGGGACUGGGAAUCUGCAUCUGUCCUACCUGACUGGGGCCAGCCGCCCCCUUCGAGGCUGCCUCCAGGAAGCCUCCGUCAAUGGCCUCGAUAUCCUGGCCCGCCUGAGCGAAGGGGUAAGGGAUGGCUGUGCCACAGAGUUCUCAGCCAGUGAAGAUGAGGCUCUAGGCUUCACAGGGCCCCAGGCCUUGGCCACCUUCCCCACCUGGAGCACUCGAGACGAAGGCACUCUGGAGUUCACACUAACCACCAGGGUCAAGCGAGCACCCCUGGCAUACCAGGCAGGGGGGCCUCAGGGUGACUUCAUCUUCCUGGAGAUCUUUGAUGGACACUUGCGGGCCAUCGUGGAGAAGGGUCACGGGGCCGUCAUGCUGCACAACAGUGUCUCUGUGGCCGAUGGACAGCCCCACGAAAUCAGCAUCCAUGUGGAUGUGCACAUGCUUGAGAUCUCCGUGGACCAGUACCCCACGCGCACCUCCAACCGCGGCGUCCACAGCUACCUGGAGCCUCAAGGAAGCCUGCUUCUCGGGGGACUAGAUGAAGAGGCCUCCCGCCGUCUGCGAGAACACAGGCUGGGCCUGGCAUCGGCGAUUGCCAACGUGUCCCUUGUGGGCUGCCUGGAGGACCUCAUCAUCAAUGGAGAGAGGCAGGGACUCCAGAGGGCCCUGAUCACCCGGGACAUCACCGCAGGCUGUGGGGUCCCCGAGGAUGAGUACGAGGAUGAUGCCUACGAGGUGUAUGAGCUGCCGUCCACCUUGGCUCCUGAAGCCUGGCCAGGCCUGGAGAUGCCAGAGCCCUGUACGCUGGAACAAGGGCUGCCGGCUGUCUUUGCCAACUUCACCAAGCUGCUGACCCUGAGCCCUCUGGUGGUGGCAGAGGGGGGCACAGCCUGGCUCGAAUGGAGGCAUGUUCAGCCCACGCUGGACUUGAGUGAGGCUGGCAUCCGGCAGUCCCAGGUACUCUUUGGUGUGACUCGCGAGGCCCGACACGGAGAGCUGGACUUCAGCAUCCCUGGAGCUCAGUCCCGGAAGAAGUUUACCCUCCUGGACGUGGUCAAUCGGAAGAUCCGUUUCAUCCACGAUGGCUCUGAGUAUCCAGAAGACCAGCUGGUCCUGGAGGUGACGGUGAUGACCCAGAGCACCGUGCCUCAAUGCCUCCGCCAGGGCCAGACUUACAUCCUGCCCAUCCGGGUAAACCCCUUGAAUGACCCGCCCCGAGUGGUCUUUCCCCACGGGAGCCUCAUGGUGAUCCUUGAGCACACGAAAAAGGCCCUGGGGCCGGAGAUUUUCCAAGCCUACGACCCAGACACAGCCUGUGAGAACCUCACCUUCCAGCUCAUUGGAACCCAGCGCCUAGAAGGUGGAAGGGUGGAAAGUGAGGCCCAACCAGGUGAGCAGGUCACUGAAUUCUCCUGCCAGGAGCUGGAGGCAGGCAGCUUAUCCUAUGUCCACAGAGGUGGUCCUGCCCAGGAUCUCUUAUUCCGGGUCACUGACAGCCUGGACACCAGCCCCGUGGCUGUGCUGCGCGUGGUGGCCAUUCAGCCCACCAUCCAGAUCCAAAACAACACAGGACUGUUUGUGCCACAGGGUUCUCCCAUGCCCAUCUCCACCGCCAACCUGUCAGCCCAGACUAACGCUGUGGGCCAGGAGGUGAGCAUCUUGUACCGGCUCACUGGGGACCUUCUCUAUGGGGACAUCCAGAAGCAGGGGGUCAGUGGAGCUUCCGGUGCGGACUGGGGGUCCGUCAGCGCCUUCUCCCAGCGGGACGUGGAGCAGGGGCGGGUGCGCUACCUGAGCACCGACUCCCAGCCCCGCACCGAAGACACCACAGAGAAGAUGACGUUCGAGGUGCAGGUGGGGCGGGAGACCUUGGCCAACAAUACCUUCCUGGUCACCAUCAAGAAGGCUGCCAUCCGCAUGCGGAGGCUGGUGCCCCUGCUGACCCACAACACCCGGCAGGAGGUGCUCACCACAGAACAGCUGGAGGCGGCCGUGGACGAGGAGGCCGGCCCUGGCCCGGCUGCCUUCCACUACGAGAUCGUCCAGGCGCCCCGGAAGGGCAACCUCCGACUGCAGGGCAUGCGCCUCACGGACAGGCAAGGUUUCACGCAGGAAGACCUUCAGAAGGGCCACGUCAGCUACCGAGCCACGGCCCGGGCGUCCGAGGAAGCCCAGGACUCGUUCCUUUUCCGAGUCACGGCCCCGCCACACUUCUCCCCGCUCUACACCUACCCCAUCCGCAUCGGUGGCGAUCCCGACGCCCCAGUCCUCACCAACGUCCUCCUCUCCGUGCCCGAGGGGGGCCAAGGCACCAUCUCCCAAGACUACCUGUUCGUCAGGAGCCUCAACAGCGCCAACUACCUGUACGAGGUCAUAGAAAAACCCCGCCACGGCAGCCUGCUGUGGCAGCGGACGGGGCAGGGCUCCGGGCCAGACGCCGCCCCCGUGACAACGUUCACCAAUGAAGACCUGCAGCAGGGCAGGCUGGUGUACCACCACGACGACUCCGAGACCACAGAAGACGAUAUCCCCUUCGUGGCGGUCCGCCAAGGGGAAGGCAGUGGCGGCAUGGCCUGGGAGGAGGUGCGAGGCGUCUUCCGUGUGGCCAUCCAGCCCGUGAAUGACCACGCCCCCGUGCAGACGGUCAGCCACGUCUUCCGCGUGGCUCGAGGUGGCCGACGGCUGCUGACCACAGAGGAUGUGGCAUUCGCCGAUGCCGACUCGGGUUUCACGGAUGCCCAGCUGGUGCUCACCCGAAAGGACUUGCUCUUUGGCAGCAUCGUGGCUGCCGAUGACCCCAGCCGGCCCGUCUACCGCUUUACCCAAGAAGAUCUGAGGAAGAAGAAGAUCCUGUUUGUCCACUCGGGAGCUGACCGAGGCUGGAUCCAGCUCCAGGUGUCAGAUGGCCAACACCAGUCCACUGCACUGCUUGAAGUCCAGGCCUCUGAGCCUUACCUGCGGAUCACAAACAAUUCUGGUCUGGUCGUCCCCCAAGGAGGCCAAGGGACCAUUGACACAUCCGUGCUAGGCUUAGACACCAAUGUGGACAUCCGCAGCAGCGAGGAGGUACGCUACCACGUCACCACGGCCCCCCGCUGGGGGCAGCUGCUCCGAGCAGGCCAGCCCACUGCCACUUUCUCCCAGAGGGAUCUGCUGGAAGGUGCCGUCCUCUAUCAACACAAUGGCAGCCGCAAUCCCCAAGAUGUCCUGGGCUUCUCUGUGGAGGCUGGGCAGGUGACUGCAGAAGACACACUGAAGGUGACCAUCUCCCUGGACAGACCCCUGGCCCCACUUCAGAUGGUGAAGCAGGAGAAGAUGUAUGUCUUCCAGGGAGAGGCAGCUGAAAUUAAGAGAGACCUCCUAGAG